AUGGCAAACCCCUCAAUACCCGACGAGGCGGCUCCAGUCUCUCGGUGCCGAUUCAGCGCAUUUGAAUCUCUAAGCAAACUACGAAAUCUUCUCCCUGGUCCUCUCGCGAAACAAAAAGUCGAAUUCGAUUCCACCCCCGUUCCAAUAACACCCGUUAGCCGUCGCAGAGCCUCCAGCUUGGCUGUUUCCCUCGAUAGCGAUGAACACCUUGCGGAGAAGAUCUCUACGCAGCAGGAACACGGCCAUGCAGUUAAGGAAACAGACAAAACAGUCCUGUACCUCGCCUAUGGAUCAAAUCUGACAUCCAAGACAUUCCGCGGAAUGCGCGGGAUCAAACCGCUCUCGCAAGUCGGCGUCUUCGUCCCAGAACUCAGACUCACCUUCGAUCUUCCCGGGAUCCCGUACGCAGAGCCCUGCUUCGCAGGUACACAAUACAGAGAUGUUUCCCCGACGCACGACGAAGCACACCACUCCGACAGCGAGGAGCUAUCCGAGAAGGCAAAUCUGAUGGGAUCCGCUAUCCCGCGGUAUCACAAGCGCCGAUGGAGCAAGCCUCUCGUCGGCGUCGUGUACGAAGUCACGCUCGCAGACUACGCCAAAAUCAUCGCUACAGAAGGCGGCGGCCGCGGAUACCGCGAUGGCGUCAUUGACUGCCACGCCUUCCCGGACUCGUACAAUUCCUCCGACCCUGUCCCCGAAUACCCCUCCACGCCGGCCUUCAAAGCGCGCACGCUGCUCUCGCCAGCUGCAGAUGAUGCCCGGCUUCGCUCUCAGUCGCAAAAGACUGGCGCGCAGAUCACCAAGCCGAAACUGUCGUGGUGGCAUACUGUUUGCUUGCAUUUCCGACCUGAUCCUGACUAUGCGCAGCCUUCGGCGCGCUAUCUUGGGUUAAUUAAGGAUGGUGCUGAGGAGCAUGAUCUUCCGGUUUCUUAUCGGGAGUAUUUGGCGCAGAUUAGAACUUACCAUAUUACGAGUACGCGGCAGAAGGUUGGGAAGGUGCUUUUCUUGGUUUUGUGGGUUCCUUGGGUGCUGUUGACUUUGGCCCUGUCGAAGAUCUUUGCUGGGCCUGAUGGUCGGAGCCCUGCGUGGCUGGUGGCGCUGGCUAAUGCUUUGUUCUCGGGGAUGUGGACUAGCUAUGAUUGUUUCUUUGUUGGGGUCUUUGGGGAUGGUGAGCGAACUCUGGAUGAUAUCCCGGCCUGA